UGGAACAGAUCACCACUUCUCGGACACUUGAAGAUUCCCCAAACCAGGAACCGAACUAACAGCGUGGAUCUCCAAACUAUCCACCGGAACUUCAAUCAACAUCAACGUAGUGAGUCCGUCGGGACACCGCAGGAAAAUCUUCAAUUACAUGAGGAGUGGGAUUGUUACAGUGCAAAGGAAAUCAAAUCCAGCUCGGUCUCAGAUCAACGGUGCAAGCUUUAUUCACAUACAGCAACAUGGAUCACAGGAAACAUGCAACCGUCAUGAAGCUACCAGAGAUGCAAACUACUGCACAUGGAUAUUAAAUAUUUAAGGGGCUUCUGUGAUCUACACAAAUAUUGCUGCCAUGAAGACUGGACUUGGUACAGAAAAGAGUUCCCGCCUUAACAAGAGAAACAUAUUUUUGUUAAAGUGUCUUUGUUUCAUUUUUGUUGUAAUUUUUUUCUGCGAGUUUUUGCUUUACUACUUUGUUAUUAUCCAGUGCCGCUGGCCAAAACUGGCGACUACCAGCCCCCACCAAACACCUCCACUGAAGGCUAUGUUCUUAUCAGAUACACAUCUGCUUGGGGAAAUCACUGGUCAUUGGUUUGACAAAUUAAGACGGGAAUGGCAGAUGGAGCGGGCCUAUCAGAGUGCUAUUUGGCUGCUGCAGCCGGACCUUGUUUUCAUCCUGGGGGAUCUGUUUGAUGAAGGGAAAUGGAGUAACUAUAAGGCAUGGGAAGAUGAUGUUGCUCGAUUUCAGUCUAUGUUCAGACAUCCUCCUAACACAGAGCUGAUAGUUGUUGUUGGAAAUCAUGACAUUGGAUUUCAUUAUGAAAUGACUAUACACAAACUUAAUCGAUUUGAGAAGGUUUUCAAUAUGACCUCUGGGAAAGUAGUUUCUCGUAAAGGAAUUAAUUUUGUCUUGGUAAAUAGUGUAGCUCUUGAGGGCGAUAACUGUGUUAUCUGCAGAGCAGCAGAAGAUCAAAUCCUUGAGGUUUCCCAUCAGCUCAAUUGCUCCAGAACAAAAAAUCAUCCAGACAUUUUGAAGAAAUGUAGAAGUGCCAAUCCUCUGCCUCCAUCAGCUCCGAUCCUGUUACAGCAUUAUCCUAUGUAUCGGAAGAGUGACUUUGAAUGUGAUGAGGAAGAUUCUGCUUCUCCAGAGGAAAAAAAAGUUAUUUUCAAGGAGAAAUAUGAUGUCCUUUCCCAGAAAGCUUCUCAAAAGUUGCUUUGGUUGAUUCAGCCAAGGCUCAUCUUAAGUGGUCACACACACAGUGCAUGCAGAGUUCUUCAUGGUGAUAUACCAGAGAUCAGUGUCCCAUCAUUCAGCUGGAGGAACAGAAACAACCCAAGCUUCAUAAUGGGAUUGAUAACACCUGAAGACUUUUCCCUCGAAAAAUGCUUUCUUCCAACAGAGAACACAGUCAUUUACAUCUACUGUAUAGCAGGAGCACUGCUCAGUCUCUGUGCAGUGACUUAUUUGUUGCCACUAAAAUUUUUGAAAUCAUUUUACACCACAAAACAAAAGCCUGUAUAAUGGAGCAAGCUGCAUUCCAUCAUGUGCCAGCUCAAGUCUGAUCUUUCUUUUUUCUACAAUAGACCAGUGCAUUUUACAAAUAUAUAUUUAUUAAAUGAUGUACCUGUACAAUAUGUGACUGUUACCUAUAAAUUAAGAAAAGAAAAUUCCUUCAUUGAUGUAAUAGCCAUAUCACCUGAAGCACAGCCGGUAUCUGGCCAGAGUGGUGGGACUUGUAGAUCAUCCGAUGGACAGUUUCUUUCUUCAUUGCUGAAGCCAAUGCGAGAAUCGAUGUUACGGUCAGAGUUCCAUUUUGGUAGAGUAAAUGUAGUUCUUGAUAUUUGUGUAUUUUAAAUUUGGUUAAAAAGUCGGCCUAAAAUAACAGGCAAGUCUUUACAAAUAAUAAAAAAUAAAAAAAACAUCCUCCUAGAAUGUUCCUUGUGUUUGUAGUAAGCAGUCCUAGCUCAUUACAGGAAUUUAGCCAGGGGAACAAGAAAUUAUGAUUUAUUUUACUUUUCUAGGUUAUUGAUGAUUUGCCAAAAAAGAGAUCACAUGGCCAGAGAUGACAUCUCAAAGAUUAAUGGCCACAUCGUGAUCUAGAUUAAUUUUAAGCAAUCUUCCAAACUUUCUUUAGUGUCCGCUGUGUGCAAAAUACAGUGUGACACCUCCCACUACAUGAGUGGAUCGGAAGAUGGCAACUGGAGGACUGAUGAUAAUAAACUAAUCUGAAAUGACGUUGCCUAGAAUGACUUAACCGCUGUUAUUGCAACAGUAACUUUAGACAAUGUACAUGUUAUCUCUGACAAAGAUAAAUCUAGACUCACAUACAGAAAACACCUAAGUAUAAAAUAUAAAGCAGUGUAGUAGUUACUAAAAAGGACAUGCCUUAUUGCUACAGCAGUUCUUGCUUUGUACAUUAUAUAUAUAUAUAUAUAUAUAUAUAUUUAUACAUAUAUAUAUAUAUAUAAAUAUAUCUUUAUAGUAUUGUACCACAAAUUGUUUUUAGAGAACAUUUGCAUAAAUUAUUCAAGUUUGAGAAAUAUAUUCACACAUAUCAAUUCUAUAAUAUUUAAAAUAAACCAGCUUUCUAAUGUGUCUCUUUAUUAAAAGAGAAAUUAAAAUGUCAUCUUGUAAUUUAUCAGGCUAGACAAAGAUUUCAACCUUUUUGUUUCCCCUCAUCAUCAUGUUACCGCCUGGCACAAUGACAGCCGCAGCUGCUGUGAUAAAGGUAGGAAAGCUUUACCCAGUACUGCCAUAGUAUCUUUCCUUUGAAGCAUUCACAGUAUCCAUGUGGCAAUUGUGUGAAUGCUAAAUCCUUGCUAAAAAAAAAAAAUAAAAAAAAAUCAAAUUGUU